UAAAGGAGAUUUAAUCAUCAAAGAUAACCUCAUAUUCAAUUUUCACUGUUCGAAUUUUAGUCCACAGUUUUUGUAUGGGUUGAAUAAGAAAAAAUACUAAUUGCGUGACAAAUGAGGCUAUCAACACGAAUACAAUGUAAACAAUACUGUAUGGAGACGAAGAAUACUUUCACCAUUUUUAAUACCUUAAAUCACUGUCAAAAGGUGAUCCCAGAUUCAACGAAGGGCUGUCAUUUUGCUGUACCUGGGAUAGAUUUGAUUGAACGGGAAGAAUACACACACUCCCUCGAAAGCUCAAGUAUCAGAAGCCAAUCCAGCAAUGGGCAGGACCAUUGCUUCAGGAAUAUGAGAGGAGACUAGACUAGGGACAGACUUCAAUAUAAACCUGUUUGCAUGAUUACCAGUGAACAAGAGCUAAUGUUUCUCAAAUCCAGAUAUAUAUUUCCCAUGAUGUACAGUCAGGCCCAGCAAGGAAAAGUUGUACCACUAGAUUUGUUAUUAGCACGAUUUAAAUCGGCAAAUAUAGGAGCAGCCACUUGUUCUCACACAAAAACAACACAGACAACAAUAAGACCUUAUGUGACACCUUCUUGUCAAUUGUGUCAGCAAGAAAAACCUGAAGUACAGCUAGAACACAAUGCUUACUAUGAGAAAUACAAAACUAAACUUCAAGAUUUGGCAAAAAAAUCCCCAGAAGAAUUCAAUGCUAAAUUACAAAAGAUAGCCCAAGUAAAAGAAGAUAUAAAAAUAGAACAUAAAAAAGAUUUAAGUACACCACCUACUAUCAAAAGUCAAAAAGGAAUGAUAUCAUGGCCACCUAAGAAGUUGGAUGAUAUUAUGAAAUUAGAUUUAAUCAAGGACAAAACAUCAACAGAAAUUGAACAGAUAUGGGUUGAACAUUUUGUUCAGAAAGAUUGUGUGUUUGGAGUAUUGAAGGAGCCCUAUUUAAAAUUUAAUGAAUUGAUAGAAAAAUCUAAAAAGUACCCUAAUUUUAUUUAUCCUCUGCCAAAACAAGAUGGUUAUGAAUUUUAUUUAUCAGAAUUUAAAGGAACUGAAGUGUAUUUCACAUCAUUAAUACAAUAUCAGAGACAUACAGAAAAUGCUCCACCAUGUCUCUCUCUGGCCCACUUUACAGAAUUUCAGGUUGAUAAAGGUAUUGUAUUGAUGGCUGGAGUUUAUGAUGAUCAAGUUUUGAGUAAAAAAGAAGCAUUAAAUCUGGUGCGUCAAAUGAGUCAGUAUUAUGGAAACCGUUCUCCUGAACACUUUCGUUUUGUUCAAUUAUUUAAUGAGAAACCAGAAGAAUUUGACUAUUUAAAAUUAAUUAGUGAAUAUAAAAUGAUGCAAACAAUGGUAGAAUCAGAAUUACCUGUCUAAUGAUGCAAUCCAUACAGAUUAUGAAUAUUAUUGAUGUGAACGCAUUAAAAUAGUACAGCAAAACUAAAUGAAAUAAAACUGGGAAAUUGAUUUUUAAUCAAGUAGAAAAAUAACCAGUUUUUGAUGUGUUUUAUUAUGCAUUGGUGGGGAAUCCACAUUUUCAUAUACAUGUAGGCAGUUUAUAAAUAAAACACACUCUCUUUUC